AUGCUUGCGGCUCUUGGGUUUGCUCCCUCUACUACCGACUCGUCGCUGUUUCUGCGCACCGACCCUUCUUUGCCGCCGUUCUACAUCCUCGUGUACGUCGACGACUUGGUCUUUGCCACAGCUGCUACUGUUGGACUCGUCCACGUGAAGUCCGAGCUGCAGAAGAGACACACGUGCACAGACCUGGGUGAACUGCGCAGCUACCUUGGCUUGCAGAUCACCCGGGACAGAGCAUGCCGCACCAUUACUCUCACUUUGUCACACAUGGUGCAGCAGGUCCUUCAGCGCUUCGGCUUCACGUACUCCUCGCCACAGGCCACUCCUCUGCCUACUCGCCACUCGCUCUCAGCUCUGCCUUCGGAUGAGUCCGUAGAGUCGAAGCACAUGGCUGCUGCAAAGAGGGUGUUGUGCUACUUGUGCAGUACGUCGGGCAUGGGGCUUGUGCUUGGAGGGCGGAGUCCAGUGGUCCUCACAGGUUACGCAGACGCUUCUUGGGCUGACGACCAGGCUACGCAGCGGUCGUCACAGGGUUACACCUUCAGCCUUGGUUUCGGCUCGGUUUCGUGGCGGUCUAUCUGCUCGUCUUCUGUUCUCGGCUCCAGUUGUGAGGCUGAGAUCUACGCGGGGGCCAUGGCUGCACAGGAGUUACGCUGGCUCACCUACGUGCUGACUGACCUAGGAGAGUCGCCUCGCUCUCCUCCAGUUCUGUACGUAGACAAUUAG